AUGAGCUUCGAGCUCACAGCCUUCCCCCUUCUGGGGAUUGAGCGAUUUCUUUAUGGAUACAUCUAUCAGUUUCCCGAGUCAUUCAAGCGUUGUUGCAAGGGGCCGCUGAAGUCACUCCUGGAUUACGACGAGGGUGUCUACUGGCAGGUAGCGAAGCAUCUGGGCGUGGGCAUCAAAGUCUUCCAGUUUGGCGUCUUGGGCUAUGACCUUGUCCUGCGAAGGAGCUUGUCGCUUGCUGAACCACGCCUGCUUUGUCCCGACCACAAGGGAGACAAACUUAAAACAAAUCCCGGCGGAAUGCGCCAUGGCGGUGCCGGGGUUAGCCUACGAGGGGCCGCGGAAGAGGCGGGCAGAGAGGAACUGGCCUUCCACCCUUUGGUGAGGCCAGAAGAUGAACUUCUGGAAGCAGGACGCUGGAAGAAGCCUGCAAAAGAAGAUGAAUCCAAAGGCCAUCUCAUCUAUCUGACCGGAGCGAGGUCACUGCUGGCUCUUUGGAUCCUGGGUGACCAUUUCAUUCACCGGGCCAGUGUCUUCACAGACCGGUCAAACGUCGCCGUCGCUGCCUUCAUUUCUUUAAGUGGCUUCGUGACCCAAUGGGCCUACAGCACCCGGGACUUCUCGCGCUUGGGUACUGUCUUCCAGUACCUGGUUAGGCGCAUUGGAAGAGUGGCCCUGACCACUUACUUCGCCAUGCUCGCUGCUGUGGGCGUACUGGCGGUGCAGACUCACAUCCCAAGCUGGAGGCACAUGGUCCGGUGUUUCCUCUUCGUGGAAACCUGGUUACAGCCAGAAAACUGGUGCCCCGAUGGGCAAAGUUGGACCAUCGCGGCUCUCCUGCCCAGCUGGCUGCUCUACCCCUCGAUGAAGCAUCUGGUUGGCCUCAUGGAGAAGAAGUAUGGAGCCCUAGGCCUCCUGCAGCUGUUGCUUGCGCUUUGGAUGAUCUCCGCCGGGCCAAGCUUGGUGGUCUUUCUUCUGCAGGACGGCUUCCUGACCAACAAGCAGCACAACCUCGCAUACCUAUGGCCUCCGAGCCAAAUGCCGGAUUUUGCAAUCGGCGUGAUUGCAGCAACGCUGGCCAAGCGGCACGACGCAAGCUCUGCAAAGUCAGGGUUGCCGCCUGCCUGGCUGCGGGGUCUGCUCGCAGAUCUGUCCCUGAUCAUCAUUUUCGCUGUCGUGUUGUUGGUGCCCAGCUCGGGGUACCACGAGGGCUGGGAGCCCCUCUACAACCACAGCCUGGGCCCGCUCUGGGCGCUCUUCUUCUAUGGCUCGGCUGCCAGCCAGGGCUCAGGCAUCUCGGCCUGCACCCUCGGAAUGGCGCCCUUGGCCGUUCUCGGAAGGUACAGCUUCGAGGUCUUCUUAUUCCAGCAGCCGCUCUUCAAUGCCUUCGAGAUUCUUUGGAUUGCCGGCAUGAACGAGGUUCUGCCCAUGUGGGGAUUUGCCACCAUUUUCCUGGUGACACUGUAUACCCUCUCCGCGAUCUAUGCGGAGUGUAUCGAGGCCCCAUUCGUAAGUUCCCUCCGCUCAGCGACAUCAAGCUGGGGAGUGAGCUAG